UAGUCGCUGUAUUCUGUGUGAUUGGUUACAUGGCUCACAAUGGGUUAGCCAAAGGUCGUUGGGCUUUCUUCAUAUUUGUCUGUGUCGUGGCCCUAUUGUUUGCUGUCUCUAUGCCCAUCAUAUUUCUGAAGAAAAUCCCACGAUCCUAUCCCACUUGGAAUUGGAAUAUUAUGGUGCGUUUAUAAAUUUUUAAUGAACGGCUGUUUUCAUGUCAAUAUCAGUCUCUAUUGAUUUCCUAUCGAAGUUUGCUGAUCAAAAACGUUGGGAAAUAUAAUUAAUAAUGAAGACCAUGCACCAACUCGCGUGGUCACGUACGAUUCAUUUUGCCACGUGUUCGCAUCAUGUGAACAUGCAGAUGUAUUUUAAACUGUGUUUAAAUGGAAAUUUUAUCCUUUAAUACUAUAUUAGUUGUUACAUACUUACAAUCACAGCCAAUUCAAAAAAGGUUAUCCUUUCCAAACCUUAACUACUCUAAACCUUAAACUCUAGGCGCGCAAAGCUUAACGGGAGCACAAGUUUCAAGCUUAGUAGUUGAAUAUUGCAGCUAUUUGUGAAUGAAUUUUUCUCGUAAGGAGAUAUUUACCAUGUCUCUAAGAAAUGGGCCCCAUGCAUAUAUGAUUUCUAAACUGAUUAAAUGAUGCUCCAUUAGGCUUUGCUCGCUUAAAAAACAUUUGGUCAAAAACGUGCAACUUCGGUAUGCUAUGACGGAAAAAUUUCUUCCCCCCUUCCGCCAACAUUUCCGGGAAAAAUUUUUAGGUGCCCUUUUCAAUAUCCGAAAGGGCCUCUGGAAGCCGGUGCCCACCCCCCCCCCCCCCCCCAUUCUUUUGAUGCUUCCUACGCCCUUGUGUAUUGCUGAAGGGAUUUGUAAGUGUGAAAAGUUCGAGAGAUGGACAGUUAGCUCCGACUUUAAAUCCUUUCAACAAUUAGUUGUAUAUACCGAGUGAGAUGCCUCAAAUCCUUAAAAAUGUAUUUCUAUCCUCUAGCUGUCAAUUCCAGCAAUAAUUCUUGCCUUAUUUCUUUUGGCCUCUUCGAUUGUGAUAUCCGUUCAUAUUGAUAACGCUUGCUUGGAUUUCUGCGCUUUGGCCACCGUAGCAGCAGUAAGUAAAUUCGUAAGAUUCAUGUGAAGUAUAAUGAUGAUAAAUUGUCAACCACGGGACGAGAAUGAAUUAGUUUAGUAGGUAAUAUAAGUAAGCGUAAUACUUGAUUUAAUCGAUCACUGAAAAGCCCCGGACUGAGCUGAUAAUCAUAAUCAGUAUAGGUAGCUACAAUGGACCUUUCCUCUUAUAACUAAAAUUUCGAUCUAGACAAAAAUUUCAUCACAGCUUGAAAGAGCAUCACAAAAUUAGUAAUAUUCGAUUCCAAAGUUUUGUUGCAAAAUCUUGUAAAAUGCGGAUAAUAUAGCCUUGCGAAGUUUGCCGUUUUUCAGUCAUUUUGUAUUACAAACGGGAAAUUGACAUCCGAUUCGGGUGUUGGGGCUGCAAUUUCCCGUUUGUAAUGCAAAAUGACUGAAAAUUGCAAACUUCUCAAGGCUCUAUUUUCCACAACAUUUCGCAACGAAACAUUGGAAUAUUACUAAUUUUGUGAUGCUCUUUCAAGCUGUGAUGAAAUAUUUGUCUAGACUUGCCUAGAUCAAAAUUUUGGUUAUAAGGGGAAAGGUCUAUUGUUCCAAGACUCUCUCUGUCGUCCUGGUCCCACUAGAUCAGUGCACCUAACACGAUGAAAGAUACAAAGAGAAAAUCUUGGAGCAAUUCUAGUUAGUAGUACACACGCAAAACAUCUUGUAGCAAGACUGCCAACAAGCCGUCAACAAGUUGUGUUCGCACUGCUUGUCCCAAGCAGUGGCGUAGCGGAGGAAGAGGGGCCCUUAGGCAUAUUUGGUGUGGGGUCCCUGUUGACUGUUGUCAUUGUUUGACUGAGAUAUUAUAUUUAUAUCAGUGAAUGUUUAUAGAAUGUCCUGGAAAAUUCCAUGUCUUAAUAAUGACUAUAACAUAACAAUAACAGUCUCCAACACAUGUAACAACUAAUAAGAAUAACGUUUGUUUUAUUUGAGAUGGAAUAACAAAAUCAGCUACCGUUGUCGAUGUACUAUUUAAAACACGAGUAGGAGUGUUUUAUCAGAUAUAUAACGCGAGGCGCAGCCGAGCGUUAUAUAUCUGAUAAAACACGACAACGAUUGUUUUGAAUAGCUUAAAAUACGAAUACAAAAGAAUACUAAUUAGGAUGAACCAUUAUAUAAUCAUACUAAUGAGGAUGAACCAUUAUAUAAUGCCUCAUGCUCUAUCAGAUAUAAAGUCAUUCCACGUGACAUAUUAUGGCUGACAUGAUUUGCCAAAAGGUUUAUGAAUUAUUAAUGAGUAUUUUAAGGAGGUUUAAUUCUUUAGCAUUAUUAAUUUUACAUUUUCCCAUUGAUUCUUAACUAAUUGCAUUUUUACGUUUUCUAAUUUUCUGGGCGAUAGGCCGUGGCUGAUGGGGGUCCUAACUGUCGGGGGCCCUUAGUUUUUGAACUUACCCUACCUAAUGAGCGUUACACCACUGGUCCAAGUUGUCAACAAGUUUGGAACAAGCUGGUAACAACUUGUAACAACCUUGUUGAUAUUAUCAGACUUGUUGUUCCAACAAGUUCGAUACAGUCAUGAUAUAACAAUAUUGUUACAACCUUAUGUCGUCAACCUUGUAACAUUCUUGUUAUAUCAUAACUGUAUCAGACUUGUUAGAACAACCUUGCAACAAGUCUGAUAAUGCCAUCAAGCAUAUCAAACUUUCGCAAUACUAUCACGAACAUUUGAGUCAACUUGUGUCCAGUGCCCCGCGCACAGUGAAUGACGCGCAACAUGACACUUAAUAUAUGUAAACAAGAUGGCGCAAAGACCUAAGCGAGCUUUGUCUCAGCCCUGGUGUCAGCCGAUACUUUUUCCCGAAGAGUACAGUGAUUACACUCCGAGGCCUUCGACCAAAUUCUCCAAAAAGUCCGCAAAGGAUAAUAAUCUUAAUUAACAAAUCCAGCUUAUCAGUUUCAAGUUCAUUAUAGUAUAUAGUUACACUAUAUGACGAGUUUUUCCAUGUAUUUAAAAGCCGUUUGACCGGGUUUCCACCUUUAGCACGUUUGAAAGCAGCGUGAAGAGAAAUGAUAGUUUGACCUGAAUGCUUGAACUAAGCGUCUGCUAAGCGUGACACUCCGUAUGCCACUAUUCAGAAGCAUGUUUAAUAUUGACAAUAAAUGAAGAUGAAGAGGCAUACGAAACGUUUGGCCUUCCUGAAUAUUGUCGCUUGUAUUCUGUUGACAAUUUGUAAGUCAAGAAACCGCACGGUAUAAAUCAGAAAGAUACAAAUUAGUAAACAGAAUUUCCCAAAACCUCAAUUAAUAAAGACUACUGUACAACUCACUUGCUUAUUUGGUGCACAAACGAAGGCAGAGACUGACUCUGAAUCAGAGUUUCCCCUUCUAUAUCAUCGGCUGCAGCAACAACCACUUGAAUACAUAAUGAGCAGCCAAACCAUAUUCAAACCCACAUCUUUGCGCACAUUUUGCCCUUCCGAAAUCUUCGAAAAUAUGCAUAAAUUUACUAUCAAAAUACGCGGAAUUUUACGAAGAUUCAUAAUCUGGCGCUACCUUAGAGCAUAGACCUGCGCAGUACGUUCUAGAGCCAGUUUUCUUCGAUAGACCGCGCGCGCGGCUCGUUUCUCUAUAUAGAUUUUGACAAUUCGCGCAUAUUUGAGCGAAAAGUGCCCUACGAAAUAAGAAUUAUUUUCAAACGAAAGUUCAUUCAAAAUGUGUCCCAGAACAUAAACUUUCCAUUACUAGAGCUACCUAAUCACGAAUGUAAGAGUACAAGAAGCGCAGGCGAAAAAACAUCAAAUUUUGCGGCAAAUUUGUAUUGCAAAAGUUGGAAAUAUGACACGCGAAAUAUGAGUAGACUUUUUAUUAACACUAAGUUUGAUAUGCUUGUUACAAGUUGUUAAUAGCUUGUUCCAAACUUGUUACAACAACUGGGAACAAGCAGUGCGAACACAACUUGUUGACAGCUUCUGAACAGAUUUGUAACAACUUGUUUGCAGACUUGUAACAACUUGUGCGUUUUUACGUGUGUAGGUGGCUAAUUUAAUCAGGCUUCCGGUUUAGUGCACAUGAAGGGCAUGUUAAAGUUGAUAUAAAAUUGAUUGAAGCCCACCUACUAGCCUUCAGUUUCACGAAGGCCAAUGGUCAACUCUAAAAGGAAAGAUGGUUAUCAAAUUGAUUAAAUUGUUUAUUACUAUUUAGUUUAAUUACAUGGGUGAUUAUUGAAAAUUCUCCACGCUGAUUGGUUACCGUUGAGGUGAUUAUUACGCGAUAAUCACCUAAUCGAUUUUCAAAAUGGCGGCCGAAGCCGUUUUGUCAAUUAAAAGACGAAGAAAUGUGCAUUUUUUUAUUUUUUUCCAAAUAAUCACCUAUGAAAUUAUACUAAAACAAUUAUUCACCUCAGGCUCGGUGAUUAUCGUGAAUAAAAACCUCGACUUCGUCUCGGUUUUUAUUCACCGAUAAUCACCUCGCCUUCGGCGAAUAAUCGUUAAAUAUAGCUAUAAGUUUCUUUCUAGUAUUCGGUGGCAAAUGCAUGAGAUGGACAUAUCUAGUAUCACUUGCUUUAAUUUUCUUGCCUUCAUAAGUGUCAAUUAUAGAUUUCAAAUUGAUCUGACUGUGCAUGUAAUUGGAUGGCCUGUAUAUUAUGAAAAUCGUAUAUGAUACGUGCACUGUUAGGGACCGGUCAUUAUUUAUGGUGGGGGGUGGCACCGAAGAGAAAUGUUUUUCGUGGCAAAAACUCUUGCUGACCCAACCAUUAAAAAAUCAAAAAUUUGUUUACCCAACCUCAGAUAUCAUUUAAAAAAUAAAUACCCACCCCUGGCCAAAAACGUUACAAAAGGAUGUCAUUCAGUUGUCACACAUGUCCUUUACCACUUCUGUGAUACGUUUGAUAACGUUCGGCUUGUGAAAUUUACUGACUUUUCUGCAGUCUAAAGUUUCAUGUUGUCUGCACAUUUACUUUCCUUGGAGACACCAUUUGUCUCCCAACAAAUCGGAAAAUGACCAAGAUAGUGACUCUGAUUGAUUCACAUAUUGUAUUGACAUAUGACUGUUGACAUUGAAGUUUUCAGUCUUCAAUAUUUGAGUGAGUCAUGCUUUGGAAAUGACAAUAAAUUUUUAUUACCCAACCUUUGAGUUGUUUUGUUUUUCAUUUACCCAACCUUUUUCUCACUCAAAAUUUUGUUUACCCAACCCUUUUCUCUUCGGUGCCACCCCCACCAUAAAUAAUGACCGCUCCCUUAGUAGCAAUUAAUCCAAUUAUAUGCCCAUCAUGGCGGUGCUUUUAUUUACUUCAGGUGUUCGCGUUUUUCUUAACCUUGGUGUUCCUGUUGGAGUCGUUGAUUUUAUUCAAGAAGGCCGUGAAGGAUGAGAAAUCACGACGUGAAUCUGCCAUUGUGAAUAACAUGGAGACACAAACUGACAUAGAGACGUCAACGUCACAGUUAUGAGAAAAUCGAACUGUUUAAAUACACCCUUCCGGAAAGUGCCGAGCCUUGGCUAUAGAGCCUCGUUUUCAGGAUUGAGAUCUCGGUUUGAGACGGCCCUUUUUCUCGUUAUAUACAGCUAUUUCAAUUAAGGUUGUCCACGAGCAAAGCGGAAAAGCUGAAUACGAGCGCGAAAGGCUGCUGGGAAUCGCUAACAAAUUAAUGAAUUUUCAAAGAGAUUCCCAGCAGCCUUUCGCGCUCGUAAUCGACCGUUUUCCGCUUUGCUCGUGGACAACCUUAAUUGAAAUCAUACCUAAUUUUAGUGUGCAGUGAUAACCAAUUUGUGCAGUGAUAAAAGUAAAAUGUGCAGUGAUAAAAUGUAAAAUGUGCAGUGAUAAAAUUUGCUUUGAUAAGUUGUUAAUUAACACAAGAGAAUGAUUUAAUUGAAAUUGAAAUGAUGACUGCCAAAUUAUCGAAUGAAAUAAUAGUAUAUGUUUUUUGUACGCAAAUCAUGAGAUUCAGGCAAUUUUUAGUUAAUAUCUGGCUUUUGGUAUGUCCGGAAAAAAUUUUUGACCCUUAAAAUGGUACACUGACCAAAAUUUUUUUGGCGACGGGGGGGAGGGUCGCCAAAAAUUUCCGAAUAUUCGGAAAUUUUCUUAGUCAUUCGGAAAUUUUUGGCAUAAAAUGUGCAGCGAUAAAAAAUUCUUAAAAUUAGGUAUGAUUGAAAUAGCUGCAUACAGAUGACACAUUUCCGAAAUCAUACAGUUACAUUAAAAAA